AUGAACCCAGAUUAUGACUAUUUGUUUAAACUGCUUUUAAUUGGGGACUCUGGAGUAGGAAAAUCAUGUCUCCUGAUACGCUUCGCGGACGACACGUUUACAGAGAGCUUUAUAAGUACCAUAGGAGUUGACUUUAAAAUACGUACAAUAAACGUCGGCGGAAAAGUGGUAAAGCUACAGAUCUGGGAUACGGCCGGCCAGGAACGAUUCCGAACGCUUACUACGGCGUAUUACAGAAGCGCACAUGGAAUUAUAAUGGUAUAUGACGUUAACGAAAAGGAAAGUUAUUUGCACAUUGAUCAAUGGCUGGAGGAAGUCGAUCGUUAUGCAUGCGAAGGAGUGAAUAAACUGCUUGUCGGUAAUAAAUGUGACUUGCUAGGAAAGAGGCAGGUUGAAUAUGAUGUGGCGAAAAGCUUCGCGGAAAGACUGCAUAUUUCGUUCAUCGAGACGAGCGCAAAGGACCGAACUAACGUUGACAACGUGUUCUACACUAUGGCAGAGGAGUUGAAAGAAAAACUUGGAUCACCUCUCGCAUCUCCAGACGAUUCAGCUGAAACAUUAAAUUUAAAAGACAGUUCUCCAGUAAAAACCAGUAGCUGGCCGAAAUGCUGCAGCUUUUUGUGAUAGAAUGGACACGUUUUGCUUGAAUAUCUUAAAUCUUUUAAAUUCAAAUUAGAUACUAUUGAAACAUAUAAAACAAAUUGAGUACAUAGUAAAAUAAUUAUUGAUACUUAAAUGCCAGAUUUUCUGCAAGAUAACACAAAAGGGGCAAGAGGGAAAUAAAGGAAAUUCAGUGCUUUAGAACACAAAAAAUAUGUAUAUUCAGAAACAUGGAUGAUGUCGGGGCCUGUGCAGUAAUCACUUCACUAAAAUAAAUUAUUCACACAAUCAGCAUGUAUUAUUAAUAAGAUACGGAGUUUUUGUUUGGAGAAAGAUAUCAAUCUCCACGAAAUUGCAAAAGCGAUUGUUGUAUUUCAAAAGUGCAAGGAGCCAAGCAAUCUGCUUUCUACACUCCACGGUUUAUUAAGAAAACGACUUAAUGGGAUUGAACCUUUGCACACACACACAACACUAUUUUGUCAGACUGAUGGACCCAAAAGAACUGGAAAAUACAAAAAAGAAGAAACUGGAGAGACUAAGACUGCAUUUGAGUUUUCAUAAUCAAUAUAAAAAUGAAGUAGCAUCUUAGUUUUAAACGAAAUGCAAUUUUCUGGCGUAUCUCAUCGCAAAAAGGAAAACAAAAAUGCCAGAAAGGUAUAUUUUGGUAAAGCCGGGGAUCUUCGAGAGAGAGAAAUAUCUUUACCUGAGUGUUAUCAGUAGCUAUCUAUGGUCGUUCAUGAAUCUCGAUGUCUCCGCAACAUCUUUUGUAAGCCGAGUGGAGUGACUGUUCGAAACUCUAUUACAUCUUAUAGGAUAAUAAUUUGUAGGAUAAUAUCCGAGGGGGAUUCCCCGAUUAAAAUAACGAAGAUGUUGUCCCGUCUCUUGUCUCCUUUGCAGCUACCCGGGGCGGAGUCGAGCAACACUUCCUCCAGCAUAAAUUCCUUUCUGAUGCAUAUCAGCCAGAAUCAGAUGCAGAAAACAAAAAUACAUACGAGCACAGGCUCCUGAUAUAAGAUAAGGCAGAAAAAAAAUUUAAAACAUGCCCAUAGCAUAAGAACAAUAACAACAUAAAUUUCAUUCCAAACAGAAACUUCUCCAGGUACUCCCCCAUCCCCAUUACUUUUCCAAUGGUACAACCUCGUCCCCAGGGCGCUUUUUCCUGGCUCUGGAGGUGGGAGGUUGCAGAUGGUAUAUAAAAACCUGUAAGCAGCACAAGUUUCUUUCUUUCAUGGCUUUUAGCUAGCGUUUACGGAGUCGUUCGCUUGGCUUGCUUGACUUUUAGGCGUGGCUUAAUUGGCGUGUCUCCCGCCGAUAGGCGAUUUUGUAAGCUCGACAAUCUGCAAAGGACAGAUGUUAGACAAUCCAAACCCCCAUGCGCUCGCGUUUGCCUGUGAUUAAGCGUUCUUUUCGGUCUUUUUGGGAGGGCGAAACUCCCUGCGGGUGGAUGCUCCUUUCGAUAUCGGCCGCAGGCCGACAGAUUUUCGGCCAAAGGCCGACACGAACUAAAAAGACUUGACAGAAACCGGAAACCGCGCCUGAAAAGUCUCUGGCACCCAGUAGAAACUCCCCAUGAACCCCUUCCCGCGCAAAAACGAAAGCAUGAGCGCACGUUUAAGAGCGCACGUUUAACGCACGUUUAACGCACGCGCUCACGAACGCUGCACUCAUGCCGCAUUUCUUGUGAAGUAUGCCAGCAGCCAUAUAAACGAAAGGUUUCCACGUCACGUAAUGAUCACAAUCUUCUCAUGGGCCAAUACUGAUCAACAAAGGAAUCGUGCAUCUCAGCUCCCGAGGAAAGUUAGCAACUUGUUGUUCUUCGUUGGAAAUAUCUGCUGUGAUUUAUUGGCUCUAAAGAAUGAACAAAGUUGUCGAGCUUGCGAAUUCAGACGGCGACUCUGCUCAAGUUCACCUUUAUGGUACAGUAGAAAUGUUUGCAUGACACCUAAAUCCUGGGUUAAGUUUAUGUCGCUUUCUGUUUAUAAUAGCCUUAAGGGUAUUUGUGUUAAAAUAAAUUUAACCCUGGAAGAAGCCUCCAUCUAUAAUUUUAUUAUAACUUAUUAGGCAUUAUGCUUUGCAUGAGUUUUGACGUUCUACAUUGUAUAGACAUGAGUUGUAUUUUACCCCGCGUAAACACACAAUGAAUACAAGUGAAUUAAUCUCAGUGUUGUGAAAUGCAAUUAAGUAAGUUUAUCUUUAGAUUUCAAUUAAUACUAAAUUUAAGGAAUCUUUAGCUUUCUCCCCUUUAUCUUUCCAGUGUUUGAAACUAGCGAAAAAAAAAAAAAGAUCCACACCAGAUCGGUGCUUCAAUUUGUAUGCUCAAGCUUUUUUGUGACGCUGUACGCUCCUUUCCCGAGUUUCCGACAAACACAUUGCAAAACAUUAUUUUAGUGUUGGGGCAGCUAUAUAAUAAGAAAUUUCCUUAUAGCAGAAAUCUUCAAUGAUCAAAAGACAAUGAGACUCGGCUUGCAGAGAAUCAGGACCCCCAUCAGGGAGAAUCUCACCGCGGUAGAAGCUUGGUGGGGAGGAGACGGGAAGGGGGAGGGGGAAGGGUUUAGUGCUAACAUGUGUAUGUUGUGAAUUCUGGUCUUAGGACUCAAAAUGUAGAAUCUUCUCACCUUGUAACUUUUACAUCUGUGGAUGGAAUUCUGUCAUGCUACCUCGUUUGAAGAACUUUUGCAUACAUGCAAGACUAGACAAUAUUUUAUUUGGGGUGGAGUCUUACACCAGCCGGUACAUGGAAUGCAUCAGUCAAUCCCAGCUGCACCCAUCCUCCCCUUCCCCACCGGGCUACCACAGGGUGUUUUCCUGCCUUGUUAGUCCAGGGGGUGGGGCAUUAGCAAAUUUUGCACUGCCUGGGGAUCGGGCAUUUGCCAACCCUGGGGCCACCCCUGCGCUUUUGAUAUGCCUGUGGUUCCCUAUGCAAACAUAACUACACAGGGGAUUUUACUGGAAAAACAAGCAGAUUAGCUCAUCUAUCAAGGGCAGGAAAAAAUUGUAGAGGGCUGUAAAGGCAUGUUCUCGAUUUUAUGCAUGCAUUUCUUCAUUGCUUUUCAAGCCACAAUUACAUAGUGAAAUCGGGAGCUAUCGAUGUGAAUCAAGGUUUUUUUGGUUAGCAACUGAAAUUUCUGUUGAUAUUAUUUGAAGAACAUCCUUUCACAUUUAUAAAACUAUUCAGAACAGUUAACUUUACAGCACCUGCAUUAUUAAUUUUAUUGCCAAUAAUUUUAUAACAACACUUAAACCAUAAACUGGUGUUGUCGCGGCUUGAAUUCAUAAUUAGAAUAGCGCUAUUACAAAGGCAGACAUUAGUUUUAACAAAAAAUCGCGCAUUAAAAUGCUUAAAAUGGCACGACUCGACCAUGUGAUCAAUGAAAAAUAUUGCGGUGUUGAUGGAGGACGGGGCAUUUACCCUCUUUUUUCGUUCCCCACCCUAGGGGAUUUGACAGCUGCAGAAGCCCCACCCCUGGGAAUUUGCAAUCCAAGGCAAAAAAAUGCUAAUGCCCAGGGGUCAGCUUUGGAGGGGAAGGGGGACGGUUUUUGGGGGCUUGCAGCUGGAAUUGACUGAUGCAUAAUACCAUUUUAUUCCUUAUGAUUCUGCAAAAGAAAUGUGACUUUUUUUCUUUUUGGCAACUAUUUAGGGAGUGAGAUUGUGAAGCGUUUUUCCAACCAUUCCAACCAUAAAAAUCGUGAAAAUAGGGAGAUUUAGCUGCUCUGCAUACUUUUGUGCAAGUUACUUUUUAGGGGAGAUGAGGUGGUCUUACAGAAGCUUAUCAGCGAAGCCCUCUUAGGAUGGGUACACAUGUCCCUAGUCUGAAUUUCAAAACCUGUCUUUUUUCACUUUUAGGAGGGAGCAAUGUCCCUGUCAUCAUUUUACCAUUGUUUUUGCACUUGUCUUUGUUGGUGUCACAGUUUGAACCCAUCUUUCUGUUCGUUGUCACCAUUUCAUUAAUUUUGUUUUAAGUCGCUCUUUCAAGGCAAUGUCACUUGUCCAAAUUUUGCCCCAACAGGGCCUGGUGAGCGGUCAUUUUGGUGACUCAAGCCCCAUCAGCCUUGCUUGCAUCAGCUCAGGGCAUGUGCUUACCACAGCAUUUCCUGGCAGCCACUGGCUUUGUUUAGCCUUUGGAUUGUGCAUUUGCCCCCACCCCUCCCCCCUUUUAUUUUUCCACUGAUAAAUCAGUGUCACAGGUUGCUGUUUAAGUUUGUCUGGGAGUUCAUGGCUGGAAGGUACAGGUGUACCAGCCAUGGUGGUGUAACUUUAUCUAGGGGCUGGCUUUGUCAAAAAUGGAAGCCUCUGAACAUUCUGGGUACCCACCUCCACAAGUAGUGCAGUUGUUUAUGGGCCUUAUAGUUCUUUAAUGGGGUAUCCUGGGGGUGGGGGGGGGGACUCUUGGGUCAAUUUUUGCUUUGUAUGUGCUGCUCGCCUCUCAGAGCCCCUACGCUAUUAUAGUCUAUUGUAUGGCCAAUUAUAGACCCCAUUCUAGUCACUUUCGGGCAAAUGUAAUCUACUUUGUCACUUUCUGUUUAUGCAUCUAUCUUAUAAAGCCCAGUAGUUUAGUCAACCCAAAAUAAUGAGUUCACAAAUUUUUUCAAAUUCCUACCAACAAAAAUUUCUUAACCCAAAAUACUGAAAAUGGUGACCCUAUUCUAGUAAGUAUCAUAAUGUCAGCCCGUUAUAGUCAAUCCAGUCAUGAAAGUGCGAGCCCAUCCAGCAGCACAUUCUCAUUAGCCUAUUACUACAGUGUGUGGGAGGCUAUGUAAACCUUCCCUGGGGGUAUUGCUGAGUGUAAAAUUUUUGUGCAACAAUUUUUUCCUAUCUACAGGGGCAACUUUAACAUCAUGGAAGUGCAAAGGCCAGGAAAUGUUGUUUGUUAGGUAAUUAUAAACUUUUAAAAUAUGAAUUUCCACAACUUAUUCUUUUAUUAAAUACCCAAAUAAUAUUAUUUAUUUUUCUAUUAUAAAACAGUGAGAAGGCUAUCCUUGAUGGAACAAAGGCGAUAAGAGGAGGGAUACCAUUAGUAUUUCGUAAGUAGAGAGUCUGUAACCCACCAUAUUUUUCUGCUUAUAAGGCGCAGCAUUUUCUCAAUGAAAGUCUGCUUGAUAGCUCUAAAUCUGUUGUAAUUUUGGGGUGAGUCUUAAAACUUAGUACAUACUGUAGCCUCAAUUAACUCCUUUUUAUGAAUGAUUUGUAUAGGUAAUAGCAUGAUUUGUAGUGAUAUUUGGUAUAAAUACCACGCAUGAUAUUUCAAAAUUGUUAUACGUAAUUUCACGAGCCAUUAGGCAAGUGAAAUUUGAGACAAUUUUGAAAUAUCACGAGUGGUAUUUAUGCCAAAUAUCACGUACAAAUCAUGUUAUUAAUUGUUUAUACUACAACCUGUAGAAGGUUUGUAAUUUUCACAUGUAGGUAUUUCAAAUUAAGGUGAAAUACCACUGCUCUAAGCCAAUUAAAUUGCAGAAAUUAUUCUCAUGUAGUAGUAUAACCCUUGGAAUCCCAUUUUUGGAACUGGCCAUUUUUCAUAUCAAAAUUCUUUUCCCUUCUCUAGCCAAACAGUCUAACUUCGACUUUACUAAACUAAUUUCCAUUUGCUGCUGGACUUCCUAAGCUUUGCAUCAUGCAAUAAGAUCAGUAUUAUUUAAUAAUAUGUAUUUAUUCUGUCUACACAGCCAAGUUUGGCCCAUGGGAACUGGGUCCGCAGCAUGGCUUUGCAAGAAUAAGUCAGUGGAAAGUUGCUGAGGAACCUAAGGUUUGUAGCAAAAUUGAAAAAAGUCACCUACUAACAAUUGCGUGGCUGCUUGAGUAGAGGAACAAUUUACUUCUCCAUAUGAUGCCCAUGUUGGGUUGACCAUUUCGCCUAAGUUACAAACAUACAGUUGACUACUGAUAACUCAAACCCUCGCUAACUUGAACCUCAUGCUAAUUUGAACCAAAAUCGAUUUCCCCUGGAUUUCCUUCAUACAUUUAAGUACUGUAAUUUUACCCUUAGUAACUCGAACCUCCCACUAACUCAAAGUAAUUUUUGUUUCCCUGAGACCAUUUCCAUAUAAUUUUACCGUCGAUAACUCGAACCAUGUUUUGAGCACUUAAAAAGUUGGGGGAAAGACAGUGUUCUGUCAUCCAAAACAUUGAUUUUCAAUUUCCCAUUGAUGUGUUGUAGGCAUAUAGUUUACUAGUGGAGGCUGAUGUUGUUUGUCACAAAUCUAAUGUGAAACAGCUUUAAUCCUCAAAAACAGUAAAACGCAGGCUCUUUUAAGACUUUUACGUUACAUUCUGAUUUAUAAUCUAGAAGUAUUUUUCAAUGUUCACUUAACAUUACUACAAUUAAAUCUGAUUAAAAUGUUCACUGUAAAGUAAAAACUGGUUUUUCCCUUACUUCCGGCUAGUUGCUUCGAGCUCCUGAUAAGUCGAUCUCCCAAUAACUUUUGAUUUCCCUUGAAGGUUUGAGUUAUCGGAAGUCGACCGUAUUAUGGCGUAUUUGAUAUUGAUUUUUCUCUAAACAUUUCAAGAGCGAGUGCAAGUGAACAACUUCUUAAGGCUGUUGAUCAUCAUUAAGCAGCUUCCUUUAAACUGCUGGUCACCUUCAGUUACUACAACGUAAGCACGAUAAGUUUUGGAUAAAAUUGUCGGUGUAUUUUAAAUCUAAUUGAAAAUAACUAUUAUUCCCUCCCGCCCACCCACAUACAUUGUAUACUAUCCACAUACACCCAAUAACUGAAGUUUUAUUCCAAAAGCCCCUGACCCACUUUCUCGUCCUGCUUGCACAGAAAUGCUAGUAUUAUUGUGUACUGGUACUUAUUAAAUACCUGACUUUCUUUAUCAUGAUCAAGGAAGAGAAUGGUGAAACAAGUGCAGUAUUUGUUUUGGAAGACAAUGAGAACACACAGAAGAUGUGGAGUUAUAGAUUUAAGCUGCUGUAUGAGGUCACUGUGGGAAAACAUAACUUAAAAAUGACAAUAACUGCAGAAAAUAAAGGUACAUUACUAUUUCUAGAUGCUUUUCACAACAGUCAUGUUUAAGUUGUUUGUUCAGUAAACAAAUUCUAGUCUUAUUGGUUAAUUUUUCCUCCAUAAUUUUGGAAAUUCAUGGGGUGGAUUUAUUUUGCUUAAUGAUUUUUAGAAAUACCCCUCUUCCUUGGCAUUUUCAAUAUUAAUUAUGCUUCAUGUUAUGUUGAUGGAGGUCCAGGGAUGGGGAAGGAUUUACUGAUUCCGUCCAAAAAUUACUUUUUGCUUACUCCCUGUGAGGUGUAAGGCACUAAGAUAUCAAUCAAGCUCAAGCUUUUUUGUUUGUUUCACAGAUGAGAAGCCCUUUGAGUUUACCACGCUUUUGCACACAUAUUUUAGAGUUCCAGAUGUUACAAAAACAACAGUUUCUGGAUUGACUGGGUUAACUUAUGUAGACAAGGUACACGUAUACUGGUUUAUUUUUGCAAGGCAUCCAAAACUUUUGUGAUUUUUAGAGACUGCUUGAAUUUUAUUCAAGAAAAAAAAGAUGUGAUAAUGUGAAACUCUUCAGCCUUCUUGAUCUCCUGCAUGUCACUCUGCCACAUUGACAAGACAUACUCCCCUUCUUCUUCUUCUCUCAGGAUCCUCUGUGCAUCCAGGUGUUGUCUUAUCCUUCUGUCUCUGUCCUUAGCGUGCCAGGCUCUGUGUCCACAAAUGUUGCAGAUGACUGUCACUUCUCCUCUGCAGCUCCCCUAGCUGUCUGCCACUGGGAGCACAUCCACUGGACUGGGAUUUUUGGCCAGUUCUAGCUCGUGUUGUACUCCUAACAAAGGAAUUUAAACUGAAUAAAAAGCUUUGAUGCUACUUUGCUCCUAAAAAUACUUCAAUGCUAUAAUUUAACUGGUAAAUUUCUAACAGUUUAUCUGUUGGUUUCAGAUGUUGCAUCAUGAUUACCGUAUUUAUUCAAUUAACCACUCAACCUCGAAUUAGCACCCGUCUCGAAUAAGCACCCAUCCUGUAGGGACGGAAAGUUAAUAAGUACCCAGCCUCGACUAAGUGCAUAACGUAGAAAUUGACUACAGUAGGUACCUGUACUACUAAGAGACUUCCCUGAGGACUGAGUUCUAAAAUAACCUUUCAAUAGACAUUUAAAAUUCUGAUCUGGCACUUCUUCACAUUUUGUAAUAUUAUUAUUUACUGUUUUGUUGAAAAUAAUGAAAAUUAAAUAAGUGCCCAGCCUCAAACAAGUGCCCACCUUGAAUAAGUGCCCACUCUCAGGGCCCAAAUAUUUCAUAAGCGCCCAAGGUGCCUAAUCGAAUAAAUAUGGUAUUUUUCUCCUUUCUUUUCCAUAGGUUCUUGGUGGGAAAACAUACACUGAGAAUGCUGAUCCUGUAAUAGUCAAGAGCUACACGGACAGGUAUGUAAUUUUUAGCUUUUGCUAUUUUCUUAGAAAAUAAUUUUAAUGAAGUGAUGAUGAAUAAAUUAUUAUUCAUUUAGUAAAUAAAUAUGUGUCUUUUCUUAGGGUUUAUGAAAAUUCUCCUAGUGAACAUAAGAUAACAAAUGUUGGAUCUGAAAAUUGUGACAUUAUUCUUUGGAAAGAGAAUUUACCAGACACAGGUAAAGCACUUUAUCUAACCGUUUAUUUAUUUAUUUUUUUCUUCACCAUAGUGACUCAAUCAUGAAUGCAUGGUGAUGGGUGAUUAUAAAAAGGACAGAACUGUGCCUUACUGAACUGGCCUUCUCAAACUCAUUAAUAAUUCAUUAAGAAAAUACAAAGGAAAUUAAUGUUUAAUGAGUGUUUGGAAAUCGGAUGAAACACUGCUUAGUAUUUGCAUCCUUAAUUUCUCCUUCAAAAAUGAUUUUAUUUCAUCACCAGAUGAAACACCUCGAAGUUCGUCAAAAAUACUCCGCUGCGCGUCGUAUUUUCAACUCUCUUCUCGGUGUUUCAUCUGGUGAUGAAACACUGCAUCUCAUGUUUGAUAUAUUACAUGAAAGAUAACACAAACCCAAGAGGGUUCUCCGGAUUUAAAAUGAUGAUGGAAAAAGGGGCAAAAUCAAAACCCAUCAAAAAAAACCCUUGGGCUUCCUGCAAUAAAUGGUCCCAAAAAAGGUUCCCCUGCUCCGCCUCCAAAAAAAAAAUCCAUACCAGAUUUAAAAAAAUUUUCCAUAAAAAAUUGAGUGAGGAUAACACUGUACCAUCUGAAUUUAUCUUUUUCUCAUCUGGUAAUCUAGAAUUAUGAGGCCAGCUUGUAGGACUUGUAAGUUGUAAGAAAAAUUGCCUAGUGAAUCUACAGGGCCCAAGUAAAUGUUUUACUCUUUUGUUUCUUUUAGUUGUUUGGAAUCCUUGGGCUCACAAGGCCAUGACAAUGUCUGAUUUUGGAGAUGAAGAGGUCUGUACAUUGCAUAUUGCUUUUAUGUAUUUCUACUAGUAAUAUCUUAAGGAGCAACAUGUAUAUGCACACAGCUAAACACUUUGGAAGGAUAAUUAAUGUCUCUAACUAAAAAUGAAAUGCAUUAGGAUGUCCCAGCUAAUAUUCAAAGAAAAAGCUACAUAACGUGUUGUUAUAGCUGAAGCUGGUGCCUUCGAUUCAUUAGUAGUCUAAACUCCAUUCUGGUGGGAAUAAUUAAAUUUCCUACACCCCAUUAGCCUGCUCCAGGCAUUCAGAUUGUGGGGAAGGCCCAAAGAGAUGCCAGCAGGAGAAACAGCUGGGGGCUGAGGUAGUGGGUGAGAGCAAAGGAAUUCUCGUUCUCCUCCUUGUUAGUUUUUUCCCUCUUGCUGACUUCACGCUGCACUCCACCGCUAAGUAGGGAAAUUGUGGAGAAGCUGAUAAAUGGCGUGUACGAACAAAGAAGAUCAAACAUUCUAGCUUUCAUGAAGCUCUACCUAAGACAGCAUGUACAGACCAUUAUCAAAUUUUUUGCAGUGACCUAUACAAUCACACUCAAAGAAAGUUUAUCUCUUUUUGUUAUAGUAUCCACAAAUGCUGUGUGUAGAAGCAGGCUAUGUUAGCAAGCCAUUCCUUCUGGAGCCAGGAAGGAAAUAUGAAGCCCAACAAACGUUUUCAUGCGUCUGUCAUAGUUAGAAAUUUGAAUUCUUGAUAAAAAUAGGUUGAACGAUGUUAAAAACUUUUAAAUUUGUCAAUAUCACAACCUGUAAUUAGAAGUAAAGGUUAAAAUGAUAGAAACAAACCUUAUUAAAUAAGAAUAAAUUACAAUCACGACCAAUCAGUACAUAUGAUGGUACACUGCAAUAAAAUUAAAAGUUAAACUAUUCACUGAUAAUCAUUAUAAAAAUUAUUAGAUGUAUUAGUGGCUUGUCCGUAUGUUGCAUGUUACUUUUACAAACAUUCGUCUAGAGCACAAAUUAUAACAUUUUUCCCAAUUAAGUAAGUACUAAGUACUUUAAUGUACUCUAAAGUAGGUAUGUAACUAGACUUCAAAACAGUCCGUAUUUUUGCAUAUUUAAGUACGUGCGAGCAGUCCAACAAUUUCUUUACUGAUUUUGAGAAAAAAACCAACUGUUUUGCAGUCUAGUAUGUAACUAUCUCAGAUGGUUUUUAUUUCCUUGUUAUAAGCAUUAUUUAUGUUAUUAUUUUGUUUACGAGUUAUAUAUUGUAGGAACAUUUCAUGCCUCUUAAGCAGCGUUAUGUUGCUAAGGGGCUUAUUUCACUUACAGGGACGUGUACUUUAGUUAGCGGGCUUUAUGUCUAGUAUUUAUGUCUAUUAACUAGUUUUUAACCACUGUUUAAAUUAAAAAAUAUUUCAAAGUUAGUAAAUACAUUAUUGACUGGGAAAAACAGAUAAUAACCAUUAUAAUGAUUGCAACUCUGGACGUGG